CAUCAUCGAAGGCAAACUAAGUUGUCAAAGAAAUGGAGUGUUCUAGUGCUGUUGCUGCAGCAGAUGAGAAGUUGUUAGAAAAUGGUACCUACUCAUGUUCUGAACCCAGAAAGGGUGGCUUGAGGACCAUGCCCUUCAUCAUAGUGAACGAGUGUCUGGAGAAGGUGGCAAGUUAUGGGAUCAUGCCUAACAUGAUAUUAUACUUGAUAAAUAAUUAUAACAUGGCUAUUGCAAAGGCCACGAAUGUUCUUUACACUUGGUCAGCCAUGUCAAACAUCUUGGCCAUCUUUGGGGCUUUCCUCUCUGAUUCUUACUUGGGUCGCUUCCGUGUCAUUUUCAUUGGUUCCCUUUCAAGCCUUCUUGGUUUAACCAUUUUGUGGUUAACUGCCAUGAUCCCAGAGCUGAGACCUUCCUGUGAAUCACUGGGUCUAGUCUGCAAUUCUGCUAAAGCAGCCCAACUAGCUGUUUUGUUCCUUUCCUUAGGAUUAAUUUCCAUUGGAGCCGGUUGUGUUAGACCUUGUUCCAUAGCUUUUGGAGCAGAUCAACUGGCAAUUAAAGAAAAUUCCAAUGAUGAGAGGCUCUUAGAUAGCUACUUUAAUUGGUAUUAUACCUCAAUUGGAGCUUCAACCAUUCUUGCAUUGAGUGUAAUUGUGUACAUUCAAGAAAAUCUGGGAUGGAAAAUUGGGUUUGGAGUACCUGCAGUGCUAAUGUUCUUAUCGGCUUUCAGUUUUGCUAUUGGUUCACCAUACUAUGUCAAAGUGAAGCCAACUCAUAGCUUACUCACUAGUUUUGUACAAGUAGCAGUGGUGGCCAUAAAGAACAGAAAACUUAGUCUUCCUGAUUACAACAUUGAUCAGUAUUAUCAAGGCCAUGAUUCGGAGCCGAUGGUCCCCACUGAUAGCCUUAGGUUUUUGAACAAAGCUUGCAUAAUAAGAAAUCCUGAGAGAGUCUUGAACCCAGAUGGAUCAGUUUCAAAUCCAUGGAACCUGUGCACAGUAGGACAAGUGGAGUCACUGAAAGCUUUGCUGAGAGUCCUUCCAAUGUGGUCAACGGGCAUCUUUUUGAUGGUUUCCCAGAGCUCAUUCUCCACUCUCCAAGCAAAUACCAUGGAAAGAAGGUUAUUUGGUAAUUUCAAAAUGCCUGCAGGAUCCUUCACUGUUAUCAUGGUAAUCACAUUAUCAAUAGUCAUUCCAAUUUAUGACCGCAUAGUAGUGCCUAUACUAGCAAAAUACACAGGCCAGCCAAGAGGAUUCAGUUGUAAAGUUCGAAUGGGGAUAGGAUUGUUGUUUGUAAUUGCAGCUAAAGCAACAUCAGCUAUAGUAGAAACUGUGAGGAGAAGUGUAGCCAUUGAAGAAGGGUUUGAGUACCAACCUAAUGCUAUAAUUAACAUGUCAGCUUUAUGGCUAGUUCCAGAGUUUGUUUUGCUGGGAAUAGCUGAGGCUUUCAACCCAGUUGGGCAGGUUGAGUUUUUCUACUGUUAUUUCCCAAAGAGCAUGUCAAGUUUUGCAAUGGCUCUUUUCACUCUAGAACUAGCUGCUGCUGAUGUAGUGGGAAGUGUUUUGGUGAACAUUGUGGAGAAGGUCACUAGUAUGGGAGGGAAAGAGAGCUGGUUAGCAACUAACAUUAACAGGGGCCAUCUCAAUUACUAUUAUGCAUUGCUCACUUUCUUAGGCUUAAUUAACUACCUCUACUUUCUUGUUGUUUGUUGGGCUUAUGGACCUGCUCAGGGAGAAAAACUUGAAGCUUCAGAAGGCAAGGGAGAUGAGCAAUUUGAUUACAAGGAGUUACAUUCUUCGGUAGAUUAAUUUCUAGUACGCAACAACUACUUAAAAACACACAGAAAUUAUAGUAUUGCAAAAGCUGUGUAUUGUUAUGUCUGGAAAACAUAUAGGUUAUAAAUAGAUAUGGACAAAAAAGGGUUUGUUUUGGUAAGAUCUAAUGUUGCAAAAAUGGAGUGAAUUAAAAUGGAUGUAGUUUUCCCACGCCAAAUACUACUAUUAUAGAU